CGACUCUCAUCCACGUCGUCAGGGCUGUACAAGACUGUAGGAGGCCACCUCAGCGCCGUGUAUUCUGUAUCUGUAUCUUCCGAUGGCUCGCGAAUCGCCUCGGGUUCCGCUGGCAACACAAUCCGACUCUGGAACGCAGACAUCGGGUGGGAGGCUUGCGAGCCGUUACAAGGGCACACCGGCGAUGUUUACUCGGUGUCGUUCUCCCCUGACGGGAGGCGCCUUGCCUCGGCCUCCGGUGACGGGACGAUCCGUCUUUGGGACGUACAGACAGGUCAACAAGUUGGCGAACCGCUUCGAGGGCACACGUACUGGGUUCGAUGCCUCGCCUUCUCACCGGACGGUACCCGUAUCGUCUCCGGCUCGUCCGAUGACACGCUUCGACUUUGGGACGUUCAAACGGGACGAGUAAUUGGCGAGCCCUUGCGAGGACACUCGAACUGGGUCCGGACCGUCGCUUUCUCGCCCGAUGGGAAGCAUAUCGCCUCUGGAUCGAGCGACAAGACGAUCCGACUUUGGGAUGCCGAGACAGGCAAAUCAGUCGGAGAGCCACUGCUAGGCCACGAUCACUGGGUUCGUUCUGUUGCCUAUUCUCCCGACGGCACGCGCAUUGUUUCCGGAUCCCAGGAUAAGACCAUCCGGGUCUGGGACGUGCAGACGAGACAGACGGUACUGGGACCGUUGCGAGAGCACGAACACGAGGUCUUCAGCGUAUCUUUUUCACCGGAUGGUCAGCACAUCGUCUCCGGUUCCUACGGGGGCAUGAUCCGAAUAUGGGACGCGCACUCGGGACAGACUGUG